CUGAGGGGGCGGGGAAAUUGUCCAAGGAGCCCCUCCGUGGAGAAAGGAAGACGCUGGGAGGUUGCUGGCGCAGCUGUGGAGGGUGGCGUCACUGAGCCGCGCCAGCGGAGCCAGGUGCAGCCCUGCUCCUCUCGCCUGCCUUCUCUGCGGCUCGCUUCUUCACCAGGCGUCCCUCGAGCCUUUUCCAUGCCCCCGGUGGAUGCAGCCCUCCGCACCCUCCACGCCCAUGGCCACUAGCCUGAGGAGGCCGUCUUUUACCGCCUGUUCUUCCUCCCCUCCGGACGCGGAGGACGAGGGCGUGCGUGGCAGUUGCGAAGAAGCUUCUUUGUGCAAGCGAUUUGCGGUGAGCAUUGGCUACUGGCAGGACCCUUACAUCCAGCAUUUGGUGAGACUGUCUAAAGAGAGGAAGGCCCCCGAAAUUAACAGAGGAUAUUUUGCUCGUGUCCACGGUGUCAGUCAGCUUAUCAAGGCGUUUCUACGGAAGACAGGAUGCAACUGUCAAAUUCUAAACCUUGGGGCUGGGAUGGAUACCACCUUCUGGAGGUUAAAGGAUGAGGAUCUUCUACCAAGUACAUCUUAGAAAGUCAAUGUUCCAGCGAUCAUCACGAGGAAGCUGCACAGCAUCAAAACCAUUGUGACCAGACCUACAUGGACAGCUGCAAGAACAAAGGAUUCUGGCACCAAGAAGUUGGCCACAACCAGCCACACCUUCACCCCUUUUAGUAGAAAGUCUUUGGGACCCUUUUCCACUGGCUUCUUGGUCUGCUAGCUUUCUGAAUAAAGCUGCUAUUUCUUUAGCCAACAUUUGUGUAUCACCUCUCACUUUAUUGUCCUGUUGUGUGAUGAGCCAUUUGAGCCUGGACUUGGUAAUAAAAUCUGCCCUUUUAUGCAUUCCCACAGGUCCUGUCUCUUUUCUCUGCAUUCCAGCCUUUGUCGCCCCAAUUGAGUCCAUAACACGGAUGUAAGUUUGCUUUGUAAUGCAAAUGAUUUUAUUAAAAUUGCUUUUAUACUCUUUA